UUGCCAUUUGACUCAUAUCGAACACGCGUCACGCAACACACGUCAACCAGUCACAUCCCAGCCACUUGUCUACACAAGGAGUCUAACAGCCACAGAGAAAGGACAACGUAUAGGACAUACUGGUGUACCGUUAAUCUGCAUACGUGAGGAAUACUAAGCAGCAGGAUGUGUUCUGGGGAAAGAAUUAGUUGCAUCAAAUAUUUGAUGUACGCAUUCAACAUUCUGUUCUUGAUUCUUGGGCUUGGGAUUGUAGGAUUUGGAAUCUGGAUUCGGGUUGACCCAGACGCUGGUGAAUACAUAAACGAGUCUGUCGAUUUUAACGCGUUACUGACAGCCUCCAGCAUUUUCAUCAGCAUCGGGUGCGUCAUCCUCCUUGUCGGCGUUGUCGGAGUUUGUGGAACAAUCAGAAGGAGCCAGUGCCUUCUUGUUGUGUUUUUCAUCAGUUUGUGCAUCGUAUUUGUGGUUCUUCUUGCGGCUGGAGUGAUUGUUCUCAUCCAGAUGGAUAACGUGAAAGACGCAUUCGGCAAUUACCUCCAGAGCAAAGUUAAUGUCUACAAGGGCGACACAGAUGCCAAACUCUUCAUACAUAACUUCCAGGAAGCGUUCCAUUGCUGUGGAGCCAAAUCUGGAAUUUCAGAUUAUCCUGUUGACACCUUAACUGAAGUCUCCUGUAAACUUGAGACUUAUCAGAAGCCUUGUGCCGAGGAGUUUUUCAAAACACUGGCACCUAACCUUGGUAUCACGGCGGCAGUGGCAUUUCUUGGCGCUGUUAUUAUGAUUAUAGGAAUGGUUUUGUCUAUGAUGUUCUGCUGUGCCGUAAGAAAGGAUUCGCCUUGAGGAAGAUAAGGCACAAGAGGAGUAACAGCGGUUGUCAAUGACAACACCUCAGCACUUCAUUCUGCUCCUUUAUCCCAUAGAAGAAUCUUAUCCUCUCUCAAUCAUUCUCUGAAACAUUUCCAAAAGUAUCAUUUUCAUACCAUGAUGUCAUUUUUUUAUUAAAACAUAAUAAUCCAUGA